GCCGGGGCUACGCCAUGCUGCUGGUGGAGCAGGGGGUGCUCUGGGUGCUCCCGAUGCUGUGGUUGGUGCUGCUGCUCUCUGAGGAGGCCGGGGCAGCCACUGCCACCACGGGCUCCCGCUUGCCGGGGGAACCUGGGAGCAGGGGCGGAGGUCAGGGUCCCGGCCAGGGCUCCUCAAUCCCUCAGAGGCUUCACUGGGCUCCCCCGGGUGGGUGGAGGGGCCCGGCAUGCUCACUGUGGGGGCCUGGGGUACUCACGCGUGUGCGAGUAGAUGUACCAGAGUGCGGCGGUGAGCAGGGCCCCGAUGAGGAAGGCACCAAAGGUGAUGCCCAGCACGGCGGGCAGGACGAGGCCUUUGCUUGUGCAACCUAGAGAGGGCGGGCGCCAUCAGCACUGCCGCCUCUGCCCCUGCCCCAUCCCCUACCCUGUUGUGCUGGCCUGCGUGGGCUUUGGUGCCAGCCCUGCUCACCCUUGGACCCUUGACUUCUCUGAACCUCAGUCUCCUCUUGUAGCAAACGGGCUCAUCACAGCCGGGCCUGGCAUUGAGCCAUGGUUGCUAGAAUUAUCCACCUAGAGGGCCCAGCCAGGCCUUUUGGGUCAUGCCUCUGCCCCUCAAGGCUGAUGGAGAUGUGUUUUCAGGGAGGAUGGAUGGGGUAAUAUGAGGAAACUGAGGCUCAGGCGUGCAGAGCCUGCCCCACCUGCUGCGUGACCUUAGGUCAGCCCUGCCCCUCUCCGAAGCCUUUAGCAGGUAGCCAACAGGUGAGAGCAGCUCCAAGCACCCUGCAGCUCUGCUCUUUGAUUGCUCCAAGCCUCAUUCCCUCCACAUUCCUGACUCCUGUGUGACUACAGGCCAGGCAGUCUUCCCUUGAGCCUCUGAUGUCCAAUUCUGUGUCAUGGGGUUAUCAGCCCUGCCUUCUUGGUCCUGGGCUGGGAGUGGAGGCUCCAUCCUGACCUGGAUGUGGUGGCAGAGAGGUAGGUGCCCCCAUCCCUCACCCCUGCCUCUGCUGCCAGUGUCGGGACUCUUCUGCCUAGUAUGGGCCUGGGGUGAACUGAUGGAGAGGCUAGAGGGAGCAUCCUGCAGGGAGAGGCCUCAAGGAAGGCAAGGCCAGCACCCCCACCCCAAAGGGCCUCUGUCCCACCCAGGAGGCUCCAUCCUCCCAGCAACGGUGGGGAUGGAGUGGAGCCGUGAGUAGGGGCAGAGGCCUAGACUCCCACGCCACAGGAUGGUCUCAGGCAAGGGCUCUCCAUCUGCAAAGUGCGGCUCUGGCCCCUGUUCUAGGCUGCUGUGACUCUGGGAAGCCCUCCUCCUGCCCCUUCUGGGCUGCUUUCUCUGGGAUCCCCCUUGCCAUGUGCUAGUGCUAUGUGCCCAGGCCGUUUCUCAGGGCUGCCCGCUGUGCUCUACUGUGACCUCAGCCACUAGAACAAACCCGAGAGACCUGGAGGGAGCUCACCAGACAGGUCAGGGCUGAUGACGUUCAAGCGCGUGAAGACAGUCCUACGGACUUCCUGGAGGAGGAAGAGAGAGCAGUAUGUGGCACAGCCUUUGGGAGGCGGCUUCCAGGUUUACUCCCUGGCUCUGUGACCCCAGCCCACUCUAGAGCCUUGGCUUAGAAUCCCAUCUCCACCGCUUCGUAGCUGGAUGCCUCUGGGUGAGUCCUGGAAGAUCUGUGCUGUGGGAGGGUGCCUAGUGGACAAUCCCUGGCUGCUGCUGACAUGUUUCCUGUGAGUUCCUGGAGGGCUUGAUGCCUGGGAGCACUGUGGGAGCACUAUGCAUCCCUCACCCUCGUGAACACUUUGGAGCUAUGAGCCAGGUCAGCCCAGAGCCCCAGGCUCACUGUGGCUGGAGGGAGGGGCCCACUUAGGUGAGCCUCGAAGGCUUCCCUAGCUUCAUAUGACCAGAGAAGUUUGUAAUCCUGGAGGCCUGUCUGUGUAAGGGCCUGGGGGUGACUCUGGGGGUAUCCAGGACAGAUUGCCUGAGAGUGGGGGUCACCAGAUGGUGAAGUGUUGUGACUGGCAAAUACAGAAAGCCAGGAGUGUG